AUGUGGUGGCAUAUUGUUCAUAUGGAUGGUGUAGUUGCUAUGUCAAGUGGCCUUCCACCUCUCGUCAGUGACGAAAACUAUUGGGACGUUCGUCUUACCAGCGAAGUUAAAGACACACUGCUCACUUCGCCAGAGGCUGAAGUGUACGAACGGAUGGUAGAUGAGGGCUACCGACGUCCCGAUAAGCCGGAUGAUCCAUCAAUAUGCGGGAGUUCGAUGGUUAACGUGUACUACAUCUCUGCCAAAGGAAAAUACAUAAUGGCCCGUAAGUCCUUUUCUUCCCAUGAUUGUACCUGGUAUAUAAAACGCAUGGUUACUAACCCGUACUUAGGUGCCAUUCGGAAGAUUCUGAAGAUACAACUGGGAACUAGACCUGUCACGAGAAAGGAUAUGGAAGAUCUCAAAUCAGUCCUUGUAGACCUUCAAUUUAAACUUCAUGCGCUCGUUGAUCGAAUUUCCAACCCUAAACGCCCAAGUGCCAAUUCCGAUACGACCCGAUGUAUCAAGCCCGACCUCCCUAACGGUGGACCUGGGUGUGGUGAGCAAUAUCACACUCCAGUGUUAACUGCAUUCCACAAAUGGGCAAAGAUAUUACUGUCUUUGUUUGUUCAUAAAGCUUUCUGCGUGGCUUACCAGCCUUUCCUGAAGAAUGCUAAAAGCAAGAUAUGGCCAGCCGCAAGGCAAUGUGCACUACGUCAUUGUCAUGGUUUUAUGGAAAAAUUUAUCCUCCUUGCGACGGACCCAGAUUUCCAGCCUUUCCAAUGGAGUUGGCCAGGGAUAAUGCUUAUCGAUUUAUAUGAACGGCCUACAAGCUCAGAGGCACCCAAGUCUAGGGCUUUUAUUGAUAAGAUAUUCUCCCUGUCCGGUCCGGAUGGUGGAGUUGUAGGAGGCGAAGAUGGGGUCACGACUUCAAGGCCAUUGAACGAUGGCGGGCGAGAAGCCUGGGAUAUGAUGCGAAGACUUCGCGAGAAGGCGUGGUUAAAGGCCGGGCUUGACCCACAAUUGCUUUGGACUGAACAAGCUCAGGUGCAGGCAGGUGUUGCACCUGUCAGAAGCCCUUCCGUAUCAACGACUUCUACUCGCAAUCCGGAGAGAAGCCUCAAGGAUCAGAGUGCAUCCCCCACGACAAACUUUGCAGAUAGUUACUAUGCGAUGAUCAAGAAUUCGUACGAUGACCACAGGCAUAUUCGACAGGCAUCAGCGGAGUCGAGCCGUGCAAGGGACAAACAGCCUAUCACGUUCGCAACUUUGCCCCAACAACAGCAACAGAUCCCCAGUCCCACCUGCACAAUCCCUGUUGUAGGUAAUGCUACAACCCCACAGCCGUCAUCGAACGCGUUCCUCUGGCCCUCCCAGCCGGUAUACCAGAACCCUUCAGGACCAUUAAACCAAAUCCCGGCGCUUGGCCAAGGAGAUGCGCGCGGCUACCUUAACCCAAACUCCGCGAAAUUUGUUGCUCUGGCUGGUGACCGAGCCAAUAUGGCACCGCCCAUUGGACUCAAAAUAGAAACUUCUCAGCCGGCAUUAGCUGAUAUUCCUCUGCAGGCAAUACCACAACAGCGUCCGCAACUAUCACAACAGACGCAGCAGGCAUCUCCACAGCAACAACAACAGCAGCGGCCACAGCCACCGCCCCAGCCCCAACAACAGCCACCACAUCCAAGUGCAUUCGAGCCGAAUGUCAACUUUGAUUGGGACCAAUGGGACGCUGUAUUUGGGCAAUAUCUCCCAAUUAUUGACGGGUACAUGGACCUAGAUAACAACGAGCCUCAGACGAACCCUAGUGAUCUGGCCUUAUCAUCCACGAUCCAGGUCUCAGAUGGCGAAAUGGGUAUACAUGAUCGCACAAUGGUAGGCCCAAGCAAUAACAGAAACUGGGCUGAUUUCGGCUAA